AGGCCUAUACUUAUUUCAGAUACACUAUUCUAGCAAUUUCACAAUUAGAAUUUUAUCUAUUUUACGACACACUUUUGCCAGAAACCGAUCCACUUCCUCUUGAAAUCGGCCAUUAAUAUCUGAAACAUGGGCCGUGUCAUUCGAUCACAGCGUAAAGGUCCGGGAGGUGUGUUCAAAGCUCACACUAAACACAGGAAAGGAGCCGCUUCCCUGCGUGCUAACGAUUACGCUGAAAGACAUGGAUACGUAAAAGGAGUAGUAAAGGACAUUGUACAUGACCCAGGUCGUGGAGCCCCUUUGGCCAAGGUGGUGUUCCGUGACCCCUACAGGUACAAGCUAAAGACUGAAACAUUCAUUGCUACUGAAGGAAUGUACACCGGACAGUUCAUCUACUGUGGAAAGAAGGCCAAUCUCCAGAUUGGAAACAUCCUCCCCGUGGGCCAGAUGCCUGAAGGAACCAUUGUAUGUUGCCUGGAGCACAAGACAGGUGACCGUGGCAAGCUGGCGCGUGCGUCCGGCGACUAUGCCACAGUCAUCUCACACAACCCAGAUACCAAGAAGAGUCGUGUGAAGCUGCCCUCUGGAGCCAAGAAAGUUGUUCCCUCUGCGAACAGGGCCAUGGUCGGGGUUGUUGCUGGUGGUGGACGUAUUGACAAGCCCAUUUUGAAGGCUGGUAGAGCAUACCACAAAUAUAAGGCAAAGAGAAACUGCUGGCCAAUAGUGCGUGGUGUGGCCAUGAACCCUGUUGAACAUCCCCACGGUGGUGGUAACCAUCAGCACAUCGGUAAGGCCUCCACAGUCGCUAGAACCCGCUCGUCUGGUAAAAAGGUUGGUCUUAUUGCUGCCAGAAGGACUGGUCUGCUGCGAGGUACCAAGGUGCUCACGGGCAAGAAGGAGAAGGAAUAGACGCUCACACACAUUGGAAAUUAACUUAUCAAGUCCUGUCUUGUUACUGUACAACAGGCCAAAUAAAAAAAGAGAAAAAAGUGUUGCUUGUUUGAUACAUUGAUUCUACAACUAAAAACCUACUUAAACGAAGUUCAUGGAUUUAAGUUCGUGGAAAAUGUAUGUUCUUGGAUUUUUCAUCAUACAGAAAUUGUGAUUGCUAUGGUAACAAACAAAGUGGUAACUAACAAAUGUAUGCCAUGACAACUCAAGCAGUUCUUAAGCUAGGCUGAUUAAACUCGUUAUGAGAUGUUGAUAUAGGGCAAUAUGGUAAAAUUCAAAUCAUUCAAGUUUUCCCUCGGACCAAAAUUGUGUGAGCUUUAGGUACAGAAAUAAAUAAAAGCUAAAAUCUA